CAAGGAGCCAGUCGCCCUCCGCGCCUUCUCUUGGCUUGGUGUGUGGCUCGCACUCAUUUUGCUCUUUCGGGCCGAAAGAGGAAGUUUGGCCCUGCCGGCUCGCCGUCUCCGCCGUCGGCCAUCUUGUGAGGGGCUGUGUGUCUGAGGCGGGGGGGGGGUGACGAUACCAGCGGCCGCAGGCGGUGGUUGGAGCUUCGCUUUCCAGGCUGUAGGCCUUUCUCGCCCGGGGAGGGGUGGUUCCUGGCAUCCCCGGUGGUCUGGGCGCCAUGUCUGCGGAGAACCUGGAGCCCGCUUCGGCAGAGGAGCAGAAGGAAAUGGAAGAUAAGGUGAUUAGUCCUGAGAAAGCUGAAGAAGCAAAGUUGAAAGCAAGAUAUCCUCAUCUGGGCCAAAAGCCUGGGGGCUCGGAUUUUUUGAGGAAGAGACUUCAGAAAGGACAAAAGUACUUUGAUUCUGGGGAUUACAAUAUGGCAAAAGCAAAGAUGAAGAACAAGCAGCUUCCUACUGCGGCUUCUGAUAAGACUGAAGUCACAGGUGACCACAUUCCUACUCCACAGGACCUUCCACAACGGAAACCAUCUCUUGUUGCUAGCAAACUGGCUGGCUGACUAGGCUGGCAGAACUGCAUGAAACUUCUUAUUCCCUUAAUCUUUCCUUAAGUUUUUUUUUCCCUCACAUUUUUGUUUCCACUAAGUCAUUGACUGACUGCUUGGCAGGUAGUGGUAGCGUGUGCUGCUAUUGUAAGAGUCCAAUUAAGAAUUGCAUAGUCCUUGGACGAGUUGAGAACAAUGCACUGAUUUUUUUUUUAAAAAGGACAUGUUUUGUUUAGAGCAAUGUAAAGUAAUCUACUUGAAAAAUGUACAUAUUACCCGUUUGCUAGAGUAGGGCUGGUUCCAGCAAGUGACAAAGCAAGUUUGAAAAUUUUUAAUGUUCUGGCGUUCCUUAGUUCACUUAAUUACAGUGUAAUAUGUUUGUAUCAAAUACAAGUUCCUUUCCCCCCCCCCCCUUGUGUUUUGGUUUUGAAAAGUAGAGGUUUUAGACAGUAAAUUACUAGAAGGUAAAAAAAGCAUGUAUUAAAAACGAUGGGGCUCUCACUAAAUUUGUGUAUCUACUCUUGAACUUGAAUGGCCUUAAACCUACUUCAGCUUUAACAAUAGAUUUUUUUACUUGAGCAAUAUUUGCUCAUUUUGGUGUAAUUCUUGUAAACUUUGUGCUUAUUGACAACUGUCUGUUGAAGCUGGUAUUCUUUUGGGUCCUGUAGCAUAGAACACAUUUUUAAAGUGGAUGAAGUGUGCAUGUGCAUUGACUGCAUUCACUUUUGUGCCAUGUCUGUAAAUAAGAUAGUUUUGCACAAUUUUUGCAAAUACGUUAACUUUACACUUUUAAAAAUGUGCCAACUGCAAGCACAAAUUCUGUCUCUUGGAAAACCAUAAUACUUAUUUGAAUCAAAACCUCCUUGGUGAAAAGUAAUAUUGUAUGCUUAAAAUCUGGAAACUGUUGAAGCACUAUGGGUAGAUCAGCUUUACCAAUACAUUUUCCUGUUAAUUGAUACAAUGUUCAGUAUAAAUAUUUCCUCUAUAUAUACAAAACAGUUUAUUUGGAACAACGCGGUUCUAUUUAUUUCAAGGGACUAAACUUAAAACACGUUAAGCUACUUUUAAUCACCCUUUAUAGGGACUUCCAGCACUACUGUAUUUCUUCAGCACAUUUGAAGAUCUCUUUUUAAAGUUAAAUGCAAGAAGUUUAAAUCAUAAAAUUAUUGAUACUUCUGUGCUGCUACUAGAGGCCUCCAAUGCUAUAAAAACAGCACCUGCUAUUUUAGGAGUAGUUUAAAAAGAAUACAAACUCUUUUUAGAUUAAUAAGUAAAGAUGGUAUUCGAUAGAUUUGAUAUGUUCUAAAAUUAUGAUGUCUUGUAAGAUAAGAGUGCUUUGUCAUUGUAUAUUAUAAAUAUUAAAAGCAAUCGCAUCUUGGAUAUAAUUGGCUACCUAUACACAUAAAAAUUAACAACAAAAAUAUUUCGUCUGUCUUAAAAUCUCAGAUUUACUUGACAUUCUCAUUCUGAAAGAUUUUCUGUAUAGUUUGAGAGAUUUGACUUAUUAGGCAAUAGGAGCUGGAUUUUUCCCAAGGUAGUCUCUGAAAGUAAUAAAUUUCUGCUGUACUUCUUUUAUAAAUAAAUUCAACAUCCAUAGAAAGUAAAGAAUAAAUUAACAUUGUUCAAAGUAUUGGGCAUAGCCUUGCUACAUUUCAAAUUUUAAAAGGUUACGUUAUACUGAUCCGAAUCACUCUGUUAGCUGCAUGGAUGACAGAACUGAAUAAUUUGUAAUUUCUGGUUUAUUUGGGAGGGCUAUUUUGUCACUUCUUCCCUAAAGCUAUAUUUUUUUCUUUUGAGUAGUAAUGACAUAGAUUCCUGCUAUAAUCUGCUUCAAUUUUAUGUCUCAGUUGUAUUGGAAUUUGAAUGUUGUGAGCAGUAGAAUCAACACAGGAAUGCUACUUUGUUAUGGAUAGAACUGAGAAACCAGUAUCUGAUUUCAGAACAUGUAAAAUUUAAUUGAAGCUGUUCUAACAAACAUUCAGUUCCUUUUUUUAUAAGAGGCCAACCCUGUUGAGUAGCUUAAAAUGACUUCCUAACAGAUUGCUGCAGAUUAUAGUAAGGUGAAUUGGUUUGGUGGAUAAGGAGGUAUAUAAACUAUGUCAAUCUAAACAUUCCAUUCUCCUGCUCACAAGUUAUAUUUUUAUAUUGAUAAGACUGGACAAAUGUUAAGGAUACAAAAAACACGAGUUGAACGAUGGGAAGAAUAUCUAUUCCAGUACCAGUCGGCUUUGAUAAUGAAUCUCUGUCUCUUAAAAAACCUCAGCAACUGAAGAUAGGUUGGUCUUCUAUUAAG